GGAGAAAUUAAUACACAUGGUAAUGCAAAGAGAAGCGCUAUUUAGAUAGUCAUGUCUUAUCAAGAGAAAUUAAUUAGCAUGUUGCCCUGAAAACAAGAACAAUGGAUUGGGGACCAAGGCCAUUUCGAGUUAUGGAUGCUUGGCAACUUCAUCCAAAUUUUAAGAAGGUUAUCGAGGAGAAGUGGAGAGCAAUGGAAGUCGAUGGAUUUGCAGGGUAUAAGUGUAAACAGAAAUUAAAGAAGCUGAAAGAGUUUUUGAAGGGUUGGAACCGAGAUGUAUUUGGGGAUAUGGAAGCUCAAUACGAACAGGCGGUUAAAAAGGUUGAGCAUGUUGAUCUGAAAAAUGAAGAUUUUGAUUUGGAGGAUUUUGAGAUUCUUCAAAGACACGAAGGAUUUCAGAAUAUGUGGGAUAUUUUGAGGAAGAGAGAAGUGAUAUGGAAACAGAAGUCAAGAAGUAAUUGGGUACGUGAGGGAGAUGCAAACACGCGAUUCUUUCAUAGAAUAGCAAACAGUAGAAAGGCCCAAAAUCAUAUCACAGGUUUAUGGUGUGAUGGUUGUUGGGUGGAAGAACCAACACAAGUUAAGAAGGAGGUGGUUAAUUAUUUUAGCAAGCUUUUUCAAGGAGAUACGUGGAAUAGACCAAAGCCAUAUGGGGUUAGCUUCAAGCAGAUUUCUACAGAGGACAAACAGUGGCUUGAACGACCAUUCUCCAUUGAGGAAAUUGAAGAAGGAUUGCGAAGUUGUGAAGGUUCUAAAGCUUCGGGCCCAGACGGGUAUAAUUUUUCUUUCCUUAAGUUUGCAUGGAAUAGUUUAAAGGAGGAUUUUAUGAGCUUUUUUGAAGAGUUUCAUCGGAAUGGUAGAUUGGUUAGUGGGUUGAACUCAUCAUUUAUAAUUUUAAUUCCUAAAAAGCUUAAUGUUGGGAAUUUAAAGGAUUAUAGACCCAUUAGUUUGAUCGGGUGUGUGUAUAAGCUAUUAUCAAAGGUGUUGGCUAAUAGACUUAAAGCUGUAUUGCCGGGGAUUAUCAGUGAAACUCAAUUAGCUUUCUUGGGAGGACGUCAAUUAGUUGAUGGAGUGCUGGUGUUGAACGAGAUGGUGGAGGAAGUUAAGAGAAGGAAACAGUCGGCGUUUAUCUUUAAGGCUGAUUUUGCAAAGGCAUAUGAUUGUGUGGAUUGGACAUUCUUGGAAUGGAUGAUGGAUAGAUUGGGCUUUGGAAUCAAGUGGAGAGGUUGGAUCAUGGAGUGCUUGUCGACUACUAGAAUGUCAGUUUUAAUUAAUGGCAGCCCAACAGAGGAGUUCAAAGCUAGAAAAGGACUACAACAAGGUGACCCGCUAUCUCCUUUUUUAUUCUUGAUGAUUGGAGAGGGAUUAAAUGGAUUAGUUCAAAAAGUAGUAUCGGAGGGUUUGUUGAGAGGUAUAGAGGUUGGCAAGAGGGGAUUAGUUAUUUCCUUACUUCAAUUCGCUGAUGACACAAUCAUUAUGGGAAAGGCUGACACAGAGAAUAUUUUUAUGGUCAAAACAAUUCUGCGAUGGUUCGAAUUGAUGUCGGGUCUGCAAAUUAAUUUUAGUAAGAGUAACAUUUAUGGGUAUAAUUUGCCAGUGAGAUGGGUAGAAGGAUCAGCCAGCAUGAUGCGUUGUGGUGUUGGGAAAUCACAUUUUAGUUAUUUGGGAAUGCCUGUCGAUGGAAAUCCUGGGAAUAAGAAGUUAUGGGAGCCGCUAGUAAACAAAUUUCGAGCCAAACUUGCUAUCUGGAAAGCUACUUCGCUAUCCUUUGGUGGCCGCCUCACUCUGCUCAACUCGGUACUUUCUGCUUUACCCACUUUUUAUAUGUCAUUGUUCUUAAUUCCAAAUUCUGUGAUGACUGAAUUGAUUAGUAUACAGAGAAAAUUUUUAUGGGGAGGGGUAGAGGGUCAGAGGAAGAUCUCAUGGGUGAAAUGGGAUAAGGUAUGUGGGAGUAAGAUAAAAGGGGGACUAGGGGUAAUGGACCUGCGUAGGAAGAAUUGGGCUUUACUAGGGAAGUGGUGGCAUAGAUUUGGAGAGGAUGUAGAAAGCUUAUGGAAACGGAUAGUAUCGGAGAAAUAUUAUGGGGGCAAGAGGGAGGAGGUGGACAUUUCAACAGUUGGGAAUUGGAGGACAUCUAGAAUUUGGAGAGAUAUUAUUAGUGUAGGGGGUCGUUCUAGGAGGCUUAAAAAUAUGUUGGUGGAGGGAUUUAGGUGGGAAGUGGGGGAAGGGAAACGGGUAGGCUUUUGGAGAGAAUUGUGGGUUGGGAAUAAAAAUUUAAGGGAUUUAUGCCCAAGGUUGUAUGAGUUAUCUAAGAAUAAGUUGGGUAAUAUUAGUGAUAUGGGGGUAUGGGAGGGGGAAAAUGGAGUUGGAAAAUGGAAUGGAAGAGAGGGAGAAUAGGACGAGAGAAGGAUGAGGAGGAGGUGUUGUGGGAGGUGUUGGAGAAUUUUCAAUUAAAGAAGGGUGUGAACGAUAUUAGGAGGUGGAUACAUGAUUCAGAGGGAAAAUACAUGGUGAAGAAAGCUUAUGAAUUUUUAGCUCCUACAGAGAGUAUCUUAGAGGACUAGUGGAGCAAGCUAAUUUGGUGUAGAUUGGUACCAUCCAAAGUUUCUUUCUUUCGGUGGAGAUUAUGCCUAGAUAGGUUACCAACUAAGUGGAAUAUUAUGAAAAGAGGUGUCUCUCUGCAGGAGGAGGAGUUAAGUGUGGGUUGUGUUGUGACAUGGUUGAAGAAGCCAAUCAUUUAUUUUGUAUGUGUAAAGAAGCCUGGAUUAUUUGGGUAGAGGUACUACAAUGGUGGGGCAUGGAGACUGUUAUACCUAAUUAUGUAUUAGGAGUGGCAGACAUUUUUGUACAAGAUGUGGGUAGGAUAAUAGGGAAGGAAAUGGGGGCUUGCAUCUUUCUUGUUGUCUCAUGGUAUUUAUGGUAUUGGAGAAAUGGUAAGGUGUUUAAUAAUGGAGAUAACAUUAGAGGAAGAUUAUUUGAAAUGAUUCAAGCCAAGUCAUCCUUCUGGAUCAAAAACAAGGUGAAAGGAUGUGUCUUUUCUUUUCAUGAAUGGAAAGUAAAUCCAGUUGAGUGUGCUCUAUCAAUGAGAAGGCAUAAACGGGAGCUGAAGCUGUUUCAUAAACAGCAAAAAGGUUCGACGAUAGAGUAAGAUUGGACGGGUGCGAGAUACUCCAUUGUGGUGCAGCAAUCUAGAAAGUCAUUAUCUUCAUGAAAUUGUUUGUCUGUCUUCUCUUUGUUUAAAUUGAUUAUUUAGAAUUUAUUCUGCAAAAUGUUUUGUGAAGCUUCAGUUGGUGUGGUCUUUGUAUUAUUCUUGAUGAUACUAUAUUUGUAAUGGGUAGGAGUACCUCUUAUACUCUAUAAAAUAAAUUUACCUUU